UCAUGCUUCACUGCACUCAUCUAACAAAAUAGAACAAUCGCAGGUUGACAGUGUGCCGGUAGAUAGUAAAUGCUUGUGUCUAUUCCUCAUCAAACAAGUUGAAGCAAAAAUUUGCAAGUCUGCUUCCGCCUUUAUCUGCUGAAGUGUCUCACGUUUGUAUUGUUCUCCCAUCCUCAUUCCAUGCCCCCAUUCAAGUAGGGUUUACCUGAUAUUUUUCUUGGGCCACUGCCGUGUUUCGGGUGGACAAGUUGAGCUUUAGUCUUUAGGUCUUGUCAGAUGCCCUGAAAUAGAACAGCAGUUGCGACCUCUAUACUUUGACACCUGAUUAUUUCGAGCCAGUCAGAUCACACGAUACUGUUAUUAUAAUAGUUGAAGUUUGUUGUUUUCUUUUGUUCUGAAAAGAUUGUUCUAUUUUGUUCUAAAAAAAUAACAUUCAUUUUUGAAACUGUGCGCUGUUCAUCUCUGUAUAAAUAUAAACUUAUAGAAAAUGGCUGACGAAAUAGUAUUAAACUACCAUGAUUCCAUCCUUCGUAAAUCUGACGUGAGAAUAUUGGAAGGUCCGUACUGGCUGAACGACACGGUCAUCGCUUUCUAUUUGGAAUAUCUAGAAAAGGAAAAGUAUGGCGAAACAGACUUACUUCUCAUUUCUCCAUCUGUUACUCAAUGUUUGAAGGCUAGCCAUGAAAAACAGAUUCCUGAUUUCUUAGAUCCUCUUCAUGCCAAAAACAAAUCAUUUGUUUUUAUGCCUUUCAACGAUUGUAUGGGUUUUGUGUCACCUGGUGGAACUCAUUGGAGUCUUUUAGUGUUCAGUAAAAGUGAAAGAAAAUUUUACCAUUUUGAUUCUUCUAGUUGUUCGGUCAGUGGGAUGCAAGCCCAUGAACUAGCCAGGAAACUGGAAAGCUACUUCGGUCUUACUAACGCUCAAAUCAAAUAUAUGGAAUCGCUUCAACAAGAUAAUUCAUAUGACUGUGGCAUCUACGUGCUAUGUAACAUUGAGAAUAUUGCCUUCCAUAUUCUCAAAACGGGAACUAUUGAAUCUGUUCAGAAACUGAAAAAAGUGAAUGUUUCUUCCAAGCGGCACGAGCUUUUAGAACUUAUCAAUCAAUUGAGUCAGAGUCAUCAUGAUACUGAGUAACCAAAUUGUGUGAUUUAUAAUGGAAAAAUCAUUUACUCUCGUUGAUAAGUUUAAAGUUCAGUGCUGAUUAAUUACCAAUAUUAAUAUCCAACCAAAUAGAUUACUUGAAGGAACAUAAUGAUUUAAUAAUUCCAAUUGAGAAUUGUAUUUUUGUAAAUUGUAUUUAUGUAUAAGCCUACUAAUAUAUUAAUCUGAAUUUGAAUUCUAAUGUAGACUCUUGGUGCUCUAAUAUGAGGUUAUUCUUGAUUAUUAAAUAGUAAUAUAAUUUACGUGUAUACAUGGACAAGAAGUACGACUUUCAGCAUACUUUGAUUUGCCCUACUGAGAUCAAGUGAUAGCAGGUUUAAGGAACAGAAACACUACUAUUUCAAUUACACCAAUAUUGAAUUAAUUUAUUGAUGAAUGAGUGAAAAGCGUGUCUGUAAUUCGCCAUCAUCAUCACAGUUGUAAGCUGAAUUGCAUGUUUAGAGUUCGAUUCCCUAGGUAAGAUGGAAUCUCGGUUGAAUUAUUUUAUUGUUAUUUCUCUUAUCGAUCAAUAACUAAUACUUAGGUAAUAUUCUCAAUGCUCAUUCAUUUAUUAAGAGAUAUUAGCGCAAUUAUUGUAAAUGAUUAUUAUUAUUAAUAAUAAACUGACAACUUAUUAAUUACAACUUCUCAAUGCCCUACACAUCCU